UAAUCUCCUCUUACCUGAUGGUGUUCCGAUCGAUAGGCAGAGAGCUCGGUUCAUAGUCAAAAUAUACAGGGCGGAUGGACUGCCGAAAAUGAACUCCUCUUUGAUGGCAAACGUAAAGAAGGCUUUCACCGGGGAAACGAGCGACCUAGUGGACCCGUUUGUGCAGGUUUCCUUCGCGGGGUUAACGGGAAAGACGAGCGUGAAAAAACAUAGUUACGCUCCCGUUUGGAACGAACAGCUCGUUUUUACCGAAAUGUUCCCACCUUUGUGUCAAAGGAUUAAAAUUCAGCUAAGAGACAACGAUCCGGUGAAACCAACGGUCAUAGGGACUCAUUUCAUCGAUUUGAAAACGAUUUCCAAUGACGGAGAGAAGGGAUUUCUUCCGACGUUCGGUCCUUCGUUCAUUCAUCUUUACGGCUCAACCCGCGAUUAUAGCUUAAUUGAUGAACACUCUUCGUUGAACACCGGUUUAGGCGAAGGAGUUUCAUAUCGAGCGCGACUUUUAAUCGCUAUCAGAACGGAAAUCACCGAUAACAUCGAUAUAGGCCCAUCCGAAGUCGAUUUAGAAGCGACACAAUCAAUAAAUGAAUCAGCUUACGGAAAAAACGAAGAAUUCUUUUUGUUUUCAACCAUAUUAAACGCUUCCAUGAUCGAUAAAAAACUCGCAGAUAAACCUGUUUAUUUUGAAGUUACCAUUGGGAAUGCGGGAAAUGCCAUCGAUGGAAACAAUGAAUCAAAAAUGAAUAAAAGCGAUUCCGAUAGCGACGAAUUAGAAAGUAUAAUUACCGACGCUUCCUGGCAAAGCACCACAACGCCAACGAAACCGAUGACUCACGAUAAAAUUUAUUAUUUUUUACCGUAUUGGGAUAAUAAACCUUGCAUGCACGUUCGAUCUGUUUGGCCCGAUCACCGGAGGAGAAUGUAUAACUCCAACAUCAUUUCAAAAAUUGCGGAUAAAUUGGAGGAAGGUUUAAAUGAAGUCCACGCUAUGAUGGAAUGCGAGCGUUCCGAAGCUGAACUUCAGCUAAAACAAGUUUUAGAGGAGCUAUCCGUAGGUUGCGCCAAAUACGUAACAAUUUCAAAGGGCUCCACCACCGGGCCGGGAACCGGAAAGACGAAGCUUGAUAAGGAACACCUCAAACUAUGCUUACGUGAGUUGGAACACACAGGAAAUAUGUCAAAGAACCUCAGGGCUUUGGUGACGAAAAAUUCCUUUCGGGAGCGUUACAAGACGGCCCAAUCUUAUCUCGCUAAACUAAAAGGACUCGUUGAGGACCCCCAACAUUCUCUCCCAGACGUUUUCCUGUGGAUUAUUAGCGGCGGUAAACGUCAAGCUUACCAACGUAUAUCCGCAAGGGAUAUUAUUUAUUCGAUUGUCGACGAAGAAGCCGGAAGAGAGUCGGGAAAAGUUCAAACAAUAUUCCUAAAGCUGCCGGGAAAACGAGCUUCCGGUCCCAGCGGUUGGACGAUACAGGUGAAGCUCGAUAUAAUCCUAUGGCUCGGUAUUUUAAAACACAAAAAGAACUUCAUCAAUGGCAUACCGAAAGGAUACGAGAUAACCCAGGAGAUUCGAAACGCCGAAAGACCUAGAGCGUUACCGCCAUCGAUUAUUCACUACGUCGAAAAACAUAUAUUUCAAUUACGUGCUCAUGUUUACCAAGCAAGAUCGUUAAUUGGUUCUGAUGCUUCCGGGUUAUCUGACCCUUUUGCAACGGUAGUAGCUGGAGAAUUUAGCAAAACGACGCAAGUGAUCGAUGAAACAUUAAGCCCCACAUGGGACGAAUUAUUAAUUUUCGAAGAAAUUUUAAUUUACGGCACCGGAGAAGAAAUUCAACACGACCCCCCAACAAUAAUAAUCGAAAUUUUCGAUCAAGACAAAGUCGGAAAAUCGGAAUUUAUCGGAAGAGCGAUCGCUAAAGCUCACGUGAAACUAAAACAAGAAAAUUACGCGAAACCAAAAUUUCCGGCUCCGUUGGAAUGGUUCGAUAUUACGCGAGGAAGUGAUCGGGCUGGAGAACUUUUGGCUACGUUUGAAUUGUUAGAGAUUUCGAACGAUGAUAGUGAUUUGCCGAAUUUGCCACCGCCUAAAGAAAUUCCUGUUUAUAAGGAUGAAGUUAAAAAUGUUGGUCCAAUUUUACCGGUGCCUAAAGGAAUUCGACCGACGUUGGCUAGAUAUCGGAUUGAAGUUCUUUUUUGGGGACUCAGAGAUCUUAAACGAAUACAUCUUUUAAAAGUUGAUAAACCAAGGGUGGAUAUUGAAUGUGCCGGUCACAUUUUAUAUUCAUCAAUAAUUCAAAACGCGCGAAAAAAUCCUAAUUUUAAUAGCCCUGUUAAAUUUCUCGAUCUUGAUCUCCCCGAGCAAGAACUUUAUAGGCCCCCACUUACAAUUCGAGCGGUUGAUUGUCGGAGUUUUGGUCGAUACACUUUAGUUGGUACCCAUAUGAUCAAUUCAGUUCACAAAUACGUUUAUAAUCCUUUAACGAAACGCGAGCGCGAAGCUGAAGAACGAAAAAAAUCUUUACACCAAUUAAAAGCUUUAGAUUGUUUAGAAAAUAAUCAUUUAGCUCACACAUUACUUAUCGACACCGAUAAUAGUAUUGAAAAAAGUCCUUUAUUACCUAAUAAAGAUACUCAAAUCGGUUUUGGAUAUGGGACACAAGAUUGCAUUAAAAAAAAGGUCGAUGGAAAUAAAAAAAGCGGCAGAAAAUUAAGUUUGGAUAACGAUGAAAUCGACGAGGAUGACGGCAAAGAUUGGUGGACGAAAUAUUUCGCUUCAGUCGAAGAAAUGAUUGCCGAAUCAAAAGAAGCAAGGAGAAUGUUUAACGCCGAUGGUUCGAUUCAAAUGAACCAAACCGAAGAAAAUUUAAACAUAAAAGCAAACAGUAAUGGUGUAACAGAAAAAAGUCCGAAUGAACAUAAAAAGCGAUUUGGAUUUAAAACUGCCGCGACAGCCUCGAGAUUUGCAGCUAGGAUUAGUCCUAAAGGGUUUAGGAAACGAAAUAAAUUAAAACCGGCUUUAUGCAAAAUUUACCCAACGGAAUUAGAAGCAAGACCUGAAUUUGAAGGAUUCAAAGAGUGGUUAAAUACUUUUCCUUUGUAUAGAGGGAAAAAGACUGGUGAUGAUACAGAUGAUGAUAGCAGAAUCGUAGGAUUAUUUAAGGGAGCAAUUAAAUUAUAUAAAUGGCCUUUACCCAAAGACAUUGAAGAUCAUACAGUUAUGGGUUUCGAUCCUCAAUACGGGUUCUUUCAAGGUUUACCAUCAAACGAUCCAAUUCGGGUUUUAGUUAGAGUGUACAUAGUAAAAGCAACCGAUUUACAUCCAAUGGAUUUAAACGGAAAAGCCGAUCCAUACAUAGUUUUGCAAUUAGGAUCGAAGCGAAUCAGUGAUAAAGACAAUUACAUAUCAAAACAAUUAAAUCCUAUUUUUGGGAAAUGCUUCGAAUUCGAAGCCACGUUUCCCCAAGACUCAUUAUUGAUCGUACAAAUUUUCGAUUGGGAUUUAGUCGGAUCGGAUGACAUGGUGGGUGAGACUAAAAUUGAUUUGGAAAAUCGAUUUUACAGCAGACAUAGAGGAAUAAUCGGGUUACCACAUAAAUACGAAGAGUUUGGUUAUAAUCAAUGGAGAGACGCGACGAAACCAACGCAAAUCUUAGCCAAAUUAUGUAAAGAAGGAAAAGUUGAGCCUCCAAUUUACUCCGAAUGUCAAGUAAAGAUUGGAAACAAAUGUUUUAACAUUCCAGAAGAAAUCGAUUAUUUUACAACGAAAGAUGCCGAGGAACACAUGGCGUUGAAUGUUUUACAUCGUUGGAAUGAAUUUCCACGAAUUGGAUGUCAUCUUGUCCCGGAACACAUCGAAACAAGACCGUUGUAUAAUCCGGAUAAGCCAGGAAUAGAACAAGGAAAAUUAGAAAUGUGGGUUGAUAUGUUUCCGAUGGAUAUGCCACUUCCGGGGCCACCUCUCGACAUAUCACCGAGAAAACCGAAAGGUUACGAAUUAAGAAUAAUCGUUUGGAACACCGAUGACGUCGUUUUAGAAGAUGACGCUUUUUUUACCGGCGAAAAAAUGUCCGAUAUUUACGUUAAAGGUUGGUUAAAAGGUCCAGAAGAUUGCCAAUGCACCGAUAUUCAUUAUCGAUCAUUAACCGGGGAAGGAAAUUUCAAUUGGAGAUUCGUUUAUCCGUUCGAAUACAUGAGUGCAGAACAAAAAAUCGUAAUAACCCGAAAAGAAUCGUUGUUUUCUUGGGACGAAACCGAAUGUAAAAUCCCCGCUCGGCUUGAACUCCAAGUUUGGGAUGCCGAUCAUUUCUCCGCGGACGAUUUUUUAGGGGCGAUUACGAUCGAUUUGAAUCGAUUUCCACGCGGGGCUAAAUCAUCGAAAUUGUGUACCUUAGAUAUGUUAAAAUCGGACGGAUCCGUUCCGAUGAUAAACAUUUUUAAACAAAAACGAGUUAAAGGUUGGUGGCCGUUUUUUAUUAAAAAAGACAACGAAGAUUUGGAGUUAACUGGUAAAGUCGAAAUGGAAAUUCAUUUAUUAACGAGGGAUGAAGCCGAAAAAAACCCAGUCGGUUUUGGAAGAAACGAACCGGAUGCUUUGGAGAAACCCAACCGACCAGACGCUUCAUUUAUGUGGUUUUUAAAUCCGUUAAAAUCAAUAAGAUACAUUAUAUGGCACAAUUACAAGUGGAAAAUUUUAAAAUUUCUUAUUAUCUUAGCUUUGGCUAUAAUCAUUUUACUGUUUGUAUAUGCAAUACCUGGAUAUUCGGUUAAAAAAAUUAUAGGUGCUUAAAAAUACUUAAAAUAAUUAUAAAUUAAUGGAAAAAUUCA